GGGAACCUCCCUCCCCCGAAGCAUUACUCCACUUUGCAGAACACGAGUUGAUGAGAAGAAAAAUUCUUCUCGGCCCCGGCCAGCCAUGAGCUGUUUGGAUGUUAUGUACCAAGUUUACGGUCCUGGCCAGCCCUACUUCGCAGCAGCCUACAGCCCCUACCACCAGAAACUCGCCUUUUACUCCAAAAUGCAGGAAGCCCCGGAGAGCGGCAGCAGCGCCAGCGCCGGCAGCUCCUUCUCCAGCCACCCCGCGGCCAGCAUCAAGGAGGAGGACUGCAGCCCCGAGAAGGAGCGACCUCCCGAGGCCGAGUACAUCAGCUCCCGCUGCGUCCUCUUCACCUACUUCCAGGGGGACAUCAGCGCCGUGGUGGAUGAGCACUUCAGCCGUGCACUCAGCCAGCCCAGCAGCUUCUCCAUCGGCAGCGCGAAGGCGGCGCGGAACGCGGGCUCCUGGCGGGAUGGUUCCUUCCCAAUGAGCCAGCGCAUCUUCCCACCAUCCUUCUGGAACAGCACGUACCAGCCCUCCUCGGUCCCAGCCAGCCUGAGCAGCCCCCUUGGAGCUGCAGCCCACAGCGAGCUGCCCUUCGCCGCUGCCACCGACCCCUACGCACCCACUUCUCUGCACGGCCACCUGCACCAGGGCGGCCCCGAGCCCUGGCACCACGCCCACCACCACCACCACCACCACCACCACCACCCCUACAUUGGGACACAGAGCACUGCCUACCCCCGCCCCAGCGCCAUGCACGAAGUCUAUGGGCCCCACUUUGACCCCCGCUACGGCUCACUCCUGGUGCCCACCGCCUCCGUCCGCCCCCACCGCCUCACCCCCGCAUCCGUAUCCACACCAGUCAGCCCCCCCUGUGAACUGGGCAAGAGCGAAGCGGGUGCUGCUGCGGCCUGGACGACGCCGGGCCCCUUCCCCAAUGCAACAGGAGACAUGGCACAGAGCAUUGGCCUCAAUGUGGACACAGGUUUGCAACCUCAGGAUAAAAGCAAGGACCUGUACUGGUUUUAGAGCUGUCCUUCAAUCCUCUUCCCCUGGCUGUCCCCUGUAGCUCUCUACCCGUUAGACAUGGUGGCAUUCAGAGCUGAAAUCGGGUCAGUUUGUAACAGCUUCUGAUCUUGGUUUGCAGCUCGCCGUUACUCCUUCUGUGGUGGAUCCCUCCUGAGCUGAUGUGCUGACUCAAAGACUCUCAGAUCCCCCCUUGCCCUUUUCCAAGCCCACCAUGGCCCUGCUGCUCGGGGAAAGACAACAGGAUUUAAAAGGAGCUGGCUUUGCAAGGGUGAUACUUUAGACCUUUUCCGGAAAGGAAAGCUGCUCUGUUGCAAGAGG